CUUCAUGUUUCCUUUUCCCUUAUCCCAGACUCAGCCCCCCUGCUUUCGACAUUAGCGGCUUAAAAUUAUUAAUGUUGUGUAAUUGUGUAACAGAUUUAAAUGUGGUGGACAGUAGGUAAGAGUAUUCCGUCGAUAUUACAUAGUUGAAGAUCGAACCACAAAAUGAAACGAAGAGUUUGUGUUAUGGAGCUCAUGAAAUAUAAACGUCUCAGUUGUGUAAAUGACAUGUUCUUCAAGAAAGAAAGUAAUUCACUGUCGCAUGUAAUAUGCUAAAUUAUCUCACCUAAAGUUGAAGACACUACCACAGAAAUGAAGAGAGGAGUUUCAAAUUCAGAAUGGAGUAAUAGGGGAACUCAAGGUAGAGGUGGCUGGCAGACACAAGGAAGAGGUGUUGGGCGUUCUCGAGACAGAGGUAGCUGGCAAUCACAACGCAGAGGCAAGGGGUAUCAAGGAAGGUGGAAUUGGUUUAACAACAAAUACAGAGGACAGAAUUCAAAUAGGGAUACUGUUAUGUCCACCCUUUUCAGUGGACCAAAUGUACCAUCCACUCAACCUCACAGCAGCCAAAUACAAGUAGUAGAUAUGUUCCAGAGCAUAUCCAGUCCAUAUCAAGGAUGGAAAUUGUAUUUUCCACAAGAAGCAUACAAAGAAGGUUUCACAACUGUAAAUAAAGUGCAAGCAAUGGAAAAAUUCAUUAAGAAGAAUAGUUCUUUGUAUUCAUAUUCUGCUAUAGAAGAGAGAAGGUCAUUCUCAGUUGACCUCAAAAGCCUAAGGAAUGAUAGUGAUUUCACUUCACUGUGGCCAACUUUUGAGGAGGAUUUAUGUGACAUUCCAGAACACACGAUAAAUUGCUUGGGAUUAGCAAUGCAUCAGGCUGUUUUAUCAGUAUUGCAAAGUGAAGUGAAGGUGCAGCUACAAGACAAAGAAGUGAUGCCCCCCAUAAAUUUGCCCAGUAUCAGAGCUCGAAUUGUAAAUUUUGAACCUAUCAUACAAUUAAAGAAUCUGAAGUCCAUGUUCUUUGGAAAACUUGUUUCUGUACGUGGAACAAUAAUUCGGGUUGGAAAUAUUAAGCUGCUCUGUGUGUGGAUGGCUUUUCAGUGUAACAUUUGUCAUGCAGUGCAGUGUGUAAAGCAGCCUGAAGGUUUCUUCUCACAACCAACCAAAUGUAUUACUGAAGGCUGUCGUGCGAAAUCUUUUACUCCACUGCAUUCUUCUCCAUUUACCCAGACAGUUAAUUGGCAGUCAGUGAGACUACAAGAAAUUCUGGCUGAUGAUCAGCGUGAAGGUGGACGGGUACCACGCUCUGUUGAAUGUGAACUUACAGAAGAUUUAUUAGAUUCUUGUAUCCCUGGAGAUGUGGUCACUAUCACUGGAAUUGUCAAGGUUCGGAACAGCGAAGAGAACGCAAAAAAGAAAGUUCCCAGUAUGUUCCUUAUGUAUAUUGAAGCUGUUUCAGUUGUGAACAGUAAGAAUCAAACUCAUGCAGGAUGCAUGAAAGGCAUAGGGAUUGAAUUCAACAUAAAUGAUUACUAUGCUAUUCAGGAGAUCCACUCACAACCUGAUCUGUUUAGACUCCUGGUAAAUUCGCUGUGCCCAGCAAUAUAUGGGCAUGAAAUGGUAAAAGCUGGACUGUUGCUAGCUCUAUUUGGAGGCUCGUUCCAUUAUACUGAUGGGAGAUCAGACCCACAUGUUCUAGUGGUGGGUGACCCUGGGCUAGGGAAGUCUCAGAUGCUCCAAGCAUGUGCUAAUGUUGCUCCCAGGGGAGUGUAUGUAUGUGGUAACACCAGCACCGCUACUGGCCUGACUGUUACACUUACGAGAGAAGCUGGUGGCAACUAUGCUCUUGAAGCAGGUGCUCUGGUUUUGGCUGACCAAGGUUGCUGUUGUAUAGAUGAAUUUGAUAAGAUGACAAGUCAACACCAGGCACUGCUGGAAGCCAUGGAGCAGCAAAGUAUCAGUAUUGCCAAGGCUGGUGUAGUAUGUUCUCUUCCAGCAAGAACAUCCAUAUUAGCAGCUGCAAAUCCAACUGGUGGCCACUACAAUCGUGCUAAAACAGUGUCUGAGAAUUUACGAAUGGGUCCAGCACUUCUUUCGCGGUUUGAUUUGGUGUUUAUUCUACUGGAUCAACCUAAUGAACAGUUGGAUAGCCUGUUGUCAGAGCAUGUAAUGGCAUUACAUUCUGGUAUCAAGUGGAGGGGAGAAAUACAGCAGCAGUCAGGUGCUGUAUCAGACUGUAGCGGUGAACAAAUUGAACAACCUCUUUAUGAAUGGCUCAAGUUGCGCCCUGGUGAAACCAUGGAUUUCUUACCUCACCAGCUCUUUCGUAAGUAUCUCAUGUAUGCUAGGAAAUAUGUUCAGCCUCGACUCACCCAGUCAUCUGCCAGUGUCUUGCAGAAGUUCUAUUUAGAUCUGCGCUGUCAUCAUCAGUCUAGUGACUGCACACCCAUCACUACUCGUCAGCUAGAAUCUCUCAUCCGUCUGACAGAAGCAAGAGCUAAACUGGAGCUACGAGAAGAGGCUAUAGAGAAGGAUGCACAGGAUGUAGUAGAGAUUAUGAAAUACAGCAUGGUGGACACACUUAGUGAUGGUAUUGGUACUGUCGAUUUUCAGCGUUCACAAAAUGGCUCAGGCACAUCUAGCAGAAAUCAAGGAAAGAUAUUUAUCACUGCAUUACAACAACGUGCUGAAGCACAAUGCCGCUCAGUGUUUUCUAUACAGGAACUGAAGGAAGUAGCUCAGUUAACAAGAAUUAAAGUUUCAGACUUUCAUGGCUUCUUGUCUACACUAAAUGUACAAGGAUUUCUCUUGAAAAAGGCUCCGAAACUGUACCAACUUCUAACUGUUGACUAUUGACGUUUUCAAAAUAUUUAUAAAAUACAAUGAAAAGUUCAGUUUGCAGUGAUAUUUAUGUUAGUAUUUAAUCUCUAAUACAGUUACUGAAAUUUAACGCUCUAAGAAGCACAGUGUUUUUUGGAUAGAGUAUUUAUCUUCAGUAUGGCAGUGAAUAUAAUGAGGACAAUAUCCAUAACACUUCAAACCUCCACUGUUCUGAAACGGAGUCAGAUUAGCAUGGAAUAUUGGUAUACCACUACCAUAUAAAAUGUCUUCUUUGGUCAGCAAGGCCCUCCAGAAAUCAGAAUAUUCCAAAUCUCUUCAAACAUGAAAAAGAUUAUAACUAGGAAACCACUAGAUAUACCUGCAAAAGUACAGGACAAGAAUCCCUUGACUUGUGCUAAUUUUUGUUAACGCAAUUGAUUUAAUUAUAAAUUCAAGUUAUUUAGUGAUGAUAAUGAAAUGAUUUGUCUGAAACAAAACAAAAAAUUAAAAUUGAUAAAUGGCUAAAAGA